ACUGUCUCGAUUUGACCGCUCCUGUGGAACCCUGUUAAUUGUCGAGAUGACGCAUUAAUCGUUUUACGAAACUUUGACCUACAGGAUCUCAGUAACCUUCAAAAUUAGACGAUACACUAAGUCGUUGCCGCUUCAGAAUACAAAUAAUCCAGGUCUAUAUGUUUAAAAUUUUUUAUAGUCAAUUGCAAUAACGUGAAGUUUUCCUUAUAGUUCUGCUGUGUUGAGAUUAGUGGUAUGUUCCUCAGAUUUUUAAAAGUCUUCAUUAUUUGGAAGGGACAAAUUAUGCUAAAUAAUCUGUUAAAUUCCUGUGCUUUUUCAAAUGUCCCAAAAAGAUUUUCCUUAAAAACGAUGUCUACUUUGGUGUAUCGUAACAAAAACCCAAGAAAUCUUGAACUUCUUGGUCUAGCACCGAAAACGAAAGGUUGGGAAUUUCAAGCUCCACGAAAAGACUUCUGGAAUAAAGUAGUCUUAAAUAGAGAACCUCAUAAUACAACAGGUCUUGUUGUUCAUGCUUCUUCAAAAGUGCUGAUCUCUGCUUCAACUAAAGAAGUUAGCAUCAGAAAACAUUUAUAUAGUUGUAUUGAUGUUUCAGCUGCAGAAAAUGUUGGAAGAGUGUUGGCCUUAAGAUGUCACCAAUGUGGUUUCACGGAGUUAUUUUCAGAAACGAGCGAGAUAUAUAAAGAAAACGAAAGCACUAGAGCUUUCUACGAGUCCUUGUUGAAUGGUGGUAUACAACUGAAGGAGACACCACCUAUUGAAGAGUUGGAUGCCAUUGGGAUAGAUUAUGACAGUAUGUCAGAUGAAGAAAAACGUGCUAUGUAUCCGAGCCUUAUUGAAACACUUCGUACUACACCCGACUGGGAUAACAUCCCUUAUCCGUAUUCACUUAGACCUAGAGCAGGUUCAUAUAAACUAAAAAGUCGUUAUCAAGUAAGUUUAAUUUUAUUUUACUAACACUAUAUUUUUUCCUCAUUUAUUUUUUUAAAUCGUUGUAAUGCUUAUGUUUUGUUCUGAGUAAAAUUGGCGAAACUCGCCUAAAAAUAUGUGCGUGAGCAGUUUAUUUGUACGAUUGUUAACAUAACAGGAUCCAAAUUCACAUUUGUUUGCCGUUAUCACAUGCAUUAAGUAGGUUUUAUAAUCUUUUCGACUUCGAUAUUAGUACUAUAUUUAAUGACAUGUCUUACUGAUGAUUUUCAUUCUUUUGUUACAGAUUCUUUCAAAAAUCCGUCAAGGUAUGGUAUGGGAUCCAUAUUACUUGAGAAUGGUGCAUCCACAAAACAAAGCUUAUUGGCAGCACGACUAUGAAGAGUUGCAAAAGAAGAAACUUGAGUCUUUGGGAGACUUAAACGAGAGUGAAGAACCAGUUAAAACAAUUGUUCCAUCUAAGUGGCAGUUAAUGUAAAACAGUUCAACUAAUACAAAUUAAGUUGUAUACAUACUAUAAUGUACAUAAAAUGAUUUUACUGAUACAAGGUUUUCAUUGUUUUCUCUACACAGACGGGGAUUUAACAUGUCUCAUUCUAAAUUAUCGUAUUAUCAUUUUUAAUAUCAUAUUAGCUGCAUGUUGAUUUACAGUAACCCAUAAAAUUACCGAAUUUGAAUUUAAACGACAUUAUCGAAACAGUUACAUCUAUUUUGACCUAGGCUGUCCAAUAGUAUCGGUAGCAUGGAUACACAUGAUGUGACUCAGGGUCAAUUACACAAAAUUUAAAUAAAGAAAUGUAUCCAAAUGUUCAACAAUAUGUUGUUUAUUACUGUUAUAUAAAAUAAACAUUAAUGAAUAACAUGAAAGGUUAAUUAAUUAAUUAAAUAUGGGUAAAUACCAUAUACGUUCAUCAAAGAUUUGAUGUUUUACACAUUUUAAUUUUUACGAAUCACGUGACUAACAUGUAAUUGAGAACAUACAAGUCUUUUCAUUCAUGGGCUCGUGAUUUAAUGGAUGUAUUUAGUGUUAAAUAGCCAGGUUCUAAAUAAGUUUUCAUGUUUACCUUUUUAAUCCCAGUUGAAUAGUGUUUUGACUCUGUUUUAUGAAUUACUUCUUCGCUUUUCUACUACCUCCUUUUCUUCCACGUGCCAGUUUUCUUGUUUUAUAUGACCUCCAAAAUGCUUGUAUUGUUAUAACGGCUUGUUCCAUUUGGCGUCUUUGUUCUUCCUCUCUUUGCCGUCUUUCAUCCUCUAGCCUACGUUCUUCCAUUAUCUUUUGAUACUCUUCAUUUAUAAUCUAAAUCCAAAGAACCUUAAUUAAUUAGAUGGUUAUUAUUAAUGAUUUAAAAUAUCUUUUGAUACUUGACAUUUUUCCAAGUAGUAAGCAUUUUGUGGCGAAAUGUAUGAUAUCACACUAAACAAUAGCUAGUUACUUGCCUAUAUAUGGUUAAUGGACUAUGAUUUUUUCGUAUUAGUGUAUUACAGUCUACAUUUUAUUGUGGUUAAAUUUUGUUAGAUCAAUUAAAUUCUGAAAGUGG